UUGAAAUAACGCAUCGGAUUGAAGUAGAUGCAAAUGAUGAAGAAAUAAUAUAUGAACCACAUCCCAGUGUCUGCAUGGAGGUAUUAAACUACCUGAAGAAUCAACUGAGGACUGUGUAUGGUACAACAGAAGGGAUCGGCUACAAGCUACGCGUCUUGUGCAGCGUAUGUCAACCAACACAGCAACCUCAUCUGCAUGAUCUUGAGGAUUGUCUGAAACAAGAUAAGGUUUCGUGCGGAAAGAUGUCAAUGAAGACGUUUCGUUUCAAAAGACUGUUUUCAACAGAAUUUGUCGAAGAGAUCAAGAAUUUUCAGGCCGUUCAAUCAUUGAUUAUUGAACUUGGAACGAGGAAGUUGAAGGAAUUCUUCUUAAAAACAACACAGCAAACGAGCUCAUCUGUUGUCGAAUUCUUGAAGAAUGAGAAAGAAAACGGAAGCUUUGCAAGUAUGGCGGACUUCCAAGAUAAAGUGUUCUCAUCAGAUGCAGACAUUAAUACUUUUGACAUUGACAUCCUGAUAACAUUGAUCCGUUACUGUUGUAGAUUCACGUAUCCCGAUGACAUCUGGGAUCAACCGGAUAAAAUAGAUAAUCCCGAACUCGCAAAUCUUAUCCGUAUCCAACAGUAUAAAAACACUAAAUUAGAUGGGAAUACAAGUUGUAAAAUACCAGCCAAGGAUUUUGAUGAGGAGUGGAAAGAAGUAAAAGAAAUCCUCUUGGAUCUUGGUGUUCCAUCUAUAGACAUCGAAGACGUGCGCCUUAGAAAAGGUUUUGAUAAGACUGCAAUUCAAGAAAUGCAAAACUUCCAAACGAUCAUGUUACUUGUUGUUGGCCUUGGUACACAUGUGAUGAGGAAGUACUUUCUACGAGUUCACAAUCUGAAAGAGGGAGAUGCUGGACAGUUUCUGAUGAGUAUGAAAAGUAGAUUUACAAAAGAAGCAAGGUUGUUUAAAGACCAGAGGAACAAAAUGUUUACACCAAAUGCAGACAUUAAUGACUUUGAUAUUUCAAUCAUGAUCAAAAUCAUUCGCUACUGCCACUGCGGCAAUCCACUUCCGGAUUCGUUUUGGUCACAACCAGAUGAAAAGCUUGACAGCGAACUGGCAAAUUUAGUUAAUAUCCAUCACUACAGAAAUACAAAGCUUGCACACACAGCGACUCCAAGGAUGUCAACAAAGGAGUUUGAUGCAGAAUGGAAGAAUCUGACAUCCAUAUUCCAAGGAGUUGGCCUUUCCAUGGAAGACAUUGAUCAAUAUAAACGAAUUCGAUUAUCAAUCUAACUUGAUCAAUGCCAACCAUCUGCUUUGACACAUUACUGCACAAGCUUGGAUUUGAUUUUCUGUAUGUCACCUAGAAUUAAAUGUAAAUAUAUAAACUAAUGUAUAUAAUACGAAGUACAUAUGUUUUUCUAUAUAACUCAAAAUUAUCUUCUGUAAUUUCGACCCCAAGAUAUGAAUACCCAUUGUAUGGAAGGUGUCACCGGUUCUACAGACCAAAAUUUAUUGAAAGCGGCCAAACCGUUUGUCACUAGUAACGGUAGCGUUUCCAAUUC